ACAGCCAGGAGGAAGGAUGCCAAGUCUGUAAAGAUCAAGAAGAACAAGGACAAUGUGAAAUUCAAGGUGCGCUGCAGCAGGUAUCUGUACACCCUGGUCAUCACAGACAAGGAGAAGGCUGAGAAGCUCAAGCAGUCACUGCCCCCAGGUUUGGCUGUGAAGGAGCUGAAGUAAAUCCGUGAUGUACAAAUAAUUGUAAUAAAAAUUGGAAAACUGA